AGUAGCUCGUGUUGUCUACUUGCGGAUUCGACGAACGAGACUGUCGGUCGAAACGAGAGGCUACGAACGUAAACGAAGGGAAAGGAAAGAGAACACGAGCAGGGAACGCGAUUAUCGGGGAAGAGGCUGUGCUUGGGCUGUCAGAAAGAUGCGUGUAUGCUGGGAAUGUUGGGUGUGCGGAUGGCCAAUGCGUGGCUAAGAAUCAAGAUACUGCAUUUUUUCAAACUCAGGGAAUAAUACUGUGCAGUGACUGAUCAAUUUUAUGAAAUUUCGACCUGCGGAGAUUAAUGCCUUGCCUUCGUUGUAGACACUGUGGGACCUUUGAUGCAAGUUGGGUAGAAAUCGAGGGUUCCCACAUGAAGAUAUCGUUCCUACAUUAUUUGAAUGUAUUGGGUUAACAGCUUUACUGUGAUUAAGUGCUAGGGGCAUUAUCAGUAGUGAUUUCAGAGUUCCACAAUAUACUUGUUGAAUUAUAUGACAUGUAUACACAAACAUAAAAUGAAUAGUUGACUUGUCAUUUAUUGGGCAUUUUAUUUAUUAAAAUUUUCUUUAUGUAUAUAUUAUGUACAUACUUAAUUGAUUUAUGUAUAUACCAUAUUGAUAGUUAUUUUGUGGGUAGUAUUAAUCAUGAGCAGUUUUGAACAAUAUACAUCACAUUAAAUUGAAUUGUUAGACAACAAAUGUUUAAAAGCUACUAUAAAGUUAAAUUAUUUACCCUUCAAUAUGGAUGUUGAUUCCCCUGUUGGCUUGAAACGAUCCAGUAGUGCUCCAAUGAUAAAUGAAUUAAAUACAACAAUGACUACUGCAUCCACUUCAUCAACAACAAGGGAUUCCUCUCCUUUCAAUAUAUUUCCUGCUCAAACCAGGACAAGGAGAUUUAGUGCUAGUUUCAGUCCUGUGCAUAGCCCCAGUGGCCCAGGGCCACGCCUUACUCCCAGAGUUAGUCAGCUUAAACAAGAGGAAUGUGUGGAUGUUGUUGGCCGAGAGGCUGCUCAUGAACGUGAACUGCACACUGCAAUGCAAAUGUCUCAGUCUUGGGAGGAUCUUGCGUUAGUAGGCAACAGUCCUACACCACGAAAGGCAGACAUGGCAGAACGUACAAAUCGGGGUGUAUGUGACUUUCUGCAGUUGACUUUGCCUCAAGGUCCUCCAGUUUGUUCCUCACCAUCUCCGACUCGACUUGGUCGUCAAGGCCUCUCACCUGGUCUUCCUAUGAACUGGAAAAGCACCCUGUCUCCUAGCCCAACACGCACUUUUACACGGCGCAGCCAAAGCCCGAUUGCCAUGAGGCCAAGUUCCUUGGGGCCCGUGAAGCGCAAAUGCGAGAUGGAUGAAGACAAAGUGGAGCCAUACAUGCCACCAGCAAAGAGGCUGUCAUGCAGUGGGUUGCUUGUGGCUCAUGCUGGCCGGCCUGAUGCUGCUGCCAGUCCCCUUCCAGGUUCUCUGAGCUCUGUUGGCACUCCAGAUUCAUUGUCUAGUGCCGAUUCUCCUGGAUUUACAUUCCGGCCUGUGGACAGCCCAUCUCCAGGUCGAGGGGUCCCUGCAGGACCCACUGAUGAGCCAAUGAACGAGGAACCACCUCUCGAGACGGGCAAAACCCGCCCUGGCUUGUCGUAGUCCUUCCGCAUCCCCUGUCCUCUAGUCGCUCACUGCCUCGACCCCUGUCCCUUUGUGUGCUUUCACCUGUGCCCAAGGGCCUAUGUAUAUUUUGUACUAUAGCAUCACAUUGCGCCUGCGAUGCCAGUCUGUAUUGAACCUUCCUGCCAAUGUACACAAUAAAUUGUUGAAUGUUCAGUAUUGUUAAUGUUGUUAUUCUUGUUUCCCUAAUCAUUUGGCUUAAGUGAAAAGAAAGAUUAUACAAUUUAUUAGAGAAAGUAAAUCUUUUCACAUCGCAAAGAAUUAUAAUUUCCAACUGUUCAACUUGUGAAGUUGGAGUAUGCUAACUCUUGAAGAAAGGGUUUAGAGAAACUGUGGGAGUGAAGGAAGCAAUGACAGUUGGCAUAUCAAAUGCAGACCAGUGUUGGCAAGUUGUUUUCACACAGUUCAAAACAGUCAAUUAAUUUAUUGCUUAUUUAUUAUUUUUAAGUUCAAAAUAAAGUUUAUAGACAUAAAUAGUGUGUUGAAGAAAUA